AUGUUCAACGUGCGCUCGAUUGUGCUGCUGGUAGUGUCCUACGUCGUCAUCCCGCGCCUGACGUUUCUCCCCCAGAAUGUCCACUCCAUCCUCAUCAUCUUCGGGCCCUUCCUUAUACCCCGCGUCCUCGACUGGAUCAAUCUCGCGCGCGCGACCGGACGAAGCGUACCAAUACGGCCGACGCCCCCGAGAGUCCAGCAGGCGCUGAACUUGCUCUUCGCGAGCGCUGUCGCGUGCCUCAUUCUUUCCUUGUCGCGGUUCGCACCGGACAACAUAUUUCUCAAGACACAGAGCCACAUACGGACCGAGACGAGUGUCUUGUUUGCGCGGCUACGGCACCUCCGGCCGCUUACAGACGAGGACGAUGCCUUGCGGACAAAGUUCACCUCGAGUGUGCGCAACAAACUGUUAUACCUGGCAUAUGGCCCGGACACGCUGUUGAACUGUGUCUGGUGCACCACAGCCAACGGAAACGACCAGCAAAACCACUUCUUGUACUCGCUCCCCAAGAUCGUCACAUCGCACAUAUUUCAACUAGGGGUUCUUGGUCUCGCGACGUCAUCGCUUGUGGGAAGUGAAGGCUCGCGGUUCCGCACACACGCAACGAUUGUGGGACUGCUCAUGAUGGUGGUGGAAGUGUGGUACAUGGGCACGUACGACAUCACGCUCAACAAGCGCGCACAGUACGUGCAAGAUAUCGAUUCGGCCUACUGGCGUGUCCGCUUUCUACGCUACGUCACCUUCGCAGUGGUAGACAUGGCUUUCGCAUUUGUCCUCUGGGCUACAAGCACGAACCGCUGGCUCGCCAAGCCUGUAUCCAUCGCCGAACGCAUCGAAGCAACCACACGAACGUCCGAAGACACCUUCAACAAGAUGCGCGCGCUUGCUCUACUUACAAACUCGGUAAACCGCGAUCCAGCGUUGCGAGGCGUGCGCGAGGAAUACUGGAGAACGGAGGGCAAGGUUACAGCGGAAGUCGUGCAGGACGAACUUGUAACGGAACAAAUCAAUGCUGCAAUCAGCAGGAUGGACUUCAGCACGCUUGAAGGACGAGUUGGCGAGGUUGCAGAUGGCAUCAUGAAGGGCAUCGAUAGCUUGAGGGCAAGCCAGACAUUGGCGGCGAGUCAGGUCAGCGAUCCGUUGUCAUCUCCGGCAUCGUGA